CUCAGCUUGUUGAAAAUGGGGGAAGUAAACAAAUGCAUGAAGUACUCCAUGUUCAUCUUCAACUUUUUGUUUUGGGUGUGUGGUUGCAUCAUUUUGGGAGUCUCUAUAUGGAUACGUGUUAGCGGUGCUCAGCAGGGGAUAGACAGCAGUAUGUUUGCAGGAGUUAAUCUACUAAUAGCCGUGGGAGCCAUCAUUAUGAUCCUUGGGUUCCUGGGGUGUUGCGGUGCUGUAAAGGAGAGCCGGUGCAUGCUGAUGUUGUUUUUUAUUGCACUGCUUCUGAUCCUGAUUCUUCAGGUCACAGGAGGUAUUUUAGGAGCAGUGUACAAAUCUCAGGUGGAAACAGCCCUUAACCUUACUCUAAGCACAAAUGUGAAUGCACUGCAAAGUACUACAGGAGAAUAUAAAGAGUAUCAGGAGGAGUUCCAGAAGUUUGAGAAACAGUACCAAUGUUGUGGAUUGGCAAACGGAUAUAAAGAUUGGGGAGAAAAUUUUAACAAACCUUCCUCAAACAUCUGCCAGUGUGAACCAGAGAAGCCAUCAUCAGAUCUCUGCAUUAGAUAUGGCAACAGAUACAUCUAUAAAAAGCCUUGUGGAGAAGUGAUUAUGCAACAAAUUAAAGACAAUCUGAUCAUAAUUAUGGGGAUUGCCUUUGGACUGGCUGUUGUUGAGAUUCUUGGUUUAGUGUUUUCUAUGAGCCUCUACUGCCAGAUCCGGAGAAAAUGAAACUGUGAAAAUGUCAGAACGAUGUCAGCAGUCAAAUCAAGACCUUUCUAGAAAGAAGGCUAGAGAUUUGGCUGGGCACAUUCAGAUGAAUACAUGCAUGUCCCAGGCAGCUGUUCUGAUGAA